AUGUAUUCUUACAGAUGCCCCAUACUGGAGGGGAGAUUACCUGAAAACCUUGAUCUAUUAUCGAAGCUUGCCAUUGAUGGAUGUGGGCAAUUGGUGGUUUCAAUUACCAGUUAUAAACGUCUUCGUGAUUUGAAAAUUCAUGAUUGCAAAAUGCUGGUACAUACAAGUGGGGUUGAAUUUGAGUUACUAGAGGCGAUGGAGCUUUCAUGUAUAUCAGAGUUUAGACUCCACAUGGACGGAUUCAAGAGAGACUUCACAAAGCUUAAAAAUCUGAGAAUUACUAGUUGUAAGGAGCUGACAUCUUUAUGGAAAAAUGAGGAUAGAUUGCUGCAACGUCCGAUUUAUAAAGGAAACAGCUCUCACUCUUACUUUGUUCAAGAGUUGAAGUCACUUCAAUGUCUUCACAUAAAUGAUUGCUCAAAUCUAGUUUCUUUUUCAAAGCUUGGCCUGCCACCUUCUCUUAAAGAAAUAAUGAUUGUGCGGUGCAGUUCUCUUACAAGAUGCCAGAUACCCCCAAAUGUAAGAAGUCUAUACAUCGAUUCCUGCACAAACUUGGAAUCAUUAGCGGGGGAGGACAAGAAAGGUGAGGAUCCUUCAUCUUCUUUUUCUCCUUGUUUGAUACAAGAGGAGGCAUCCUGCCUCGAGUACUUGAGCAUAGCGAAUUGUCCAUCUCUUACAACCUUAUCAUCCACAGGCCAGCUAGCCAGGGGACUUAAACAUCUUAUCAUAUUUUAUUGUCACCAGCUAGAAUCAAUAACCGAUAGCUUCCAUGCUAACACCUUCCUUGAAGAAAUUGAUAUUAGGAUUUGUGGAAAUCUUAAAUCGUUACCAGAGGGCUUAUGCGACCUCACCAAUCUUCAAGUCUUUAAGAUUUGGGACUGUGAAAGUCUUGUUUCUUUCCCAAGAGGAGGGUUGCCAACAAGAACCUCCAACUUGAAAGAGAUCGAUGUUUUGAUGAAUUGUGAUAACUUAGAGGCCCUUCCUAAAGACAUGCAGAACCUCCACUGUCUUCAGAGUUUGAGGAUUUCAUACUGUGAAGGUUUCGCUCCAUUUCUAGACAAGGGUUUGCCACCCAACCUAACAUUCCUUGAGAUUCGAAAUCUCAACAGUUGUAGGCCACUCCUGGAAGCUCAAGGAUUGCACAGACUCACUUCUCUUAGAGCGUUGGAUAUCAGGGGAAAUGAUUCACAACUAGUGUCAUUUCCACCUGACAAGGAGAUGGUGCUCCCCAAAUCUCUCAUUCUACUUCAUAUUGAAGGGUUCCCGAAUCUGAGGCACCUAUCCAGCAAGGGCUUUCAGUUCCUACCCUCUCUUGAAUCUCUUCAAGUCAUCAGCUGUCCAAAGCUAGCAUCCAUUCCUGAGGAGGGCCUCCCUCUUUCACUUACACAACUUCAUAUCUUUUUUUGUCCACUGCUAGUAAAGAACUGCAGACCUGGAAAAGGACAAUACUGGCACUCCAUAGCUCGCAUCCCUUUCAUAUGGAUUAAGGGUGAUAAGGGAGCAGACAUAUUUAGAAGCUGAGAAUCCAUGCCUCUUAAUCUCAUACUGCUCUCCAAGCUUCAGUGUAUAUGUUAGUCGGUGUGCAGGUUUCAGAACCAUACUAAAUUGUGGAGCAUGUUGGCUUGAACAAUGGUGUACUGUCAAUAGGCUCGCAUUCUUUGGCAUUGACAGAUGAGUUCCCAAGUCUCAAGAGCUGAGUUGAUGCUAAGGAUAGGGUGGCUGCUGCUAAGCUAUUAACCUCUAUCUUGGAUCCAUGAAGCAGUACAGAAAAAAGACAAGAAUUUUGAACAGCAACAAGGAGCUAGAGACAGAAUGGUCCUCUUAAUAGUUGCCAUUUGCUGUGCUUGGAUUCAAAUUUUCUUUAGGGAAGUAAGCAAUUAUAUGGAAUUCAAUCCUAGUUUUCACAAGAUCGAUAAAGAGGAAAAUUGACUGCAAAUGUUCAAAUGUUUCUGUAGGCAAGUAAGCAAUUUUAUGAUUCACAUUUUCAGCUGAAAGUAUGUAAUUUUGUUGAACAUUCAGCAGAUAAUUUUAUACAAUCACUUCUCCUAAAUAAUUUACUUUUUAUUUA